CGCGGCAGGCCAUCUUGUUCCACACCCCCACCACCCUUUGUGUAAAGAGGCGCCUGUGUGUGUGUGUUUGAGUGUGUUCCAGAUCUGAGGGGGCCGAGCCAGCUGUCAGGUCAUGGCAGAGUGGGACGACUACUACCGUCACGAGGGGGAGGAGGAGGCGGAGCAAGAGGAGGGGGAGGAGUCUGGAGGGGACUACAAGUUCUCCGGCCGGGACAGCCUGGUGUUCCUGGUCGAUGCCUCGAAGGAGAUGUUGGUGGAGUCGGAGGAUGACAUCACCCCCUUCGAAAUGACCCUGCAGUGUGUGCGCAGCGUCUACACCAGCAAGAUCAUCAGCAGUGACCGCGACCUGGUGGCGCUGGUGUUCUACGGGACGGCCAAGCACAAGAACUCCGUGUCCUUCAAGCACGUCUACGUCUACCACGACCUGGAGAGCCCAGGGGCCCGGCGGGUCCAGGAGCUGGACCGGCUCCAGGGAGAGAGGGGCCGGCAGCUGGCGAAGGAGGAGCUGGGCUGCAGUCCCGACUUCUCCCUGGGGGAGGCGCUGUGGGCCUGCUCCAACCUCUUCAGCGACGUCAAGCUGCGCCUCAGCCACAAGCGCCUGAUGAUCUUCACCAACCAGGACGACCCGCACGGGGGAGACCGAACCCGGGACAGGCUGGCCCGCACCAAGGCGGCCGACCUGAAGGAGACGGGUGAGGGGGGGUGGGGGGCAAUGCUGGGGCCCCGGGGGUCCGGUUCCGGACCCCGCAUGUGCUGUCUGUGUGGAGUUCGCACGUUCUUCCCUCGUUCACAUUCCCUCGUGAUAUCUAGUGCUCUGCCACCCUUGAAAUGUCAUCCUGAGGAAAUCGGCUCUCUCUCAGACUGCACAGGGCGGAGCUUGGAGACACUCGAUCCCAGGAUCCCGCUGUCCCUGGGGGAGGGGGUGUCCCUGGCCGUGGGGGUGUACGUCCUGGCCCGGACUGCGACCAAGCCCCCCGCGGUGCGCCUGUACCGCGACACCAACGAGCCGGUCCGCACGAAGACCCGGCUCUACCACGCGCACACGGGGAGCCUGCUGCUGCCCAGCGACACCAAGAGGUCCCAGACCUACAGGGACCGGCAGAUCGUGCUGGAGAACGAGGAGGUGGCCGAGCUGAAGAAGUUCGAGGAGCCGGGCUUGGUUCUGAUUGGGUUCAAGCCCCUGGACCGCCUGAAGAGGCACCAUCACAUCCGGCCCGCCCUCUUCAUCUACCCCGAGGAGCAGCAGGUCACAGGCAGUUCAAAGCUGUUCACAGCCCUGUUGAAGAGGUGCUCUGAAAGGGGCGUGUUCGCCGUGUGUCGCUACACCCCUCGCCGGAACACGCCCCCCCAGCCCAAGCUGGACGUGAUGGACCAGAGGCUGGGUGUCCUGGCCCAGGAGUUCAAGGAGCUGGUCUACCCCCCCGACUACAACCCCGAGGGCAAGGGUCCCGCGCAGAAACGCAAGCCAGAGGGCGGCGGCGGGGCGGAGAAGAAGGCCCGCGUGGAGGUCUCGGAGGAGGGGUUGCGGGCCCACUUGGAGAAAGGCACCCUGGGGAAGCUGACGGUGCCGGUGCUGAAGGACGCCUGCCAGCAGCUGGGAGUCCGGACCACCGGCACCAAGAAACAAGAGCUGAUAGACGCCCUGACCAAGCACUACAGCUGCUGAGGCCACCAGGGGGCGCUGUGGGGGCUGGUGAGUGCGUGGGCCUCCGUCGGGAGAGCGAUCAGGAUUCCUUUCCGCUGCGGAUCAGCUGCUCUUCGGGUUUACUUUGUUUUUUUUCUUUUCCUGGGAAUUUAGAAUCGCCAACCGUUUCCCACCUUGUAAGCCCCCCCCCCCAGUGUUGGAAGUGGCGACUGUCAAGUCUCCAUCCCACCGCUGCCACCAUCGCGUUGGGGACGGGGCCCCCCCGUGCUGGGCAAGCGCGCGCCGUGGACGCGCCCCCGCUAACCCCCAGACUCCUCAGGGCGAGGCCUGACGCAGCUCUCGCCGACAGCACUAAAACCCGCCGUCUGCGAGGUGACCACAAGGGGGCGAUGCUGCGCAGCUAGCCCAAGACACCUGGGUGAAUCCUGGCCCCGCCCAGAUAUCCCACCUUUGGUUGUGUCAAAGCUCUUCGCCCGCAGAAUCGCUGUUCUUGCCACCUGUUGUUCCCCCUCGGGCCUGCAGGCUGGGUUCUGUCUUCACACACUGAUGGCGCCCUUUGUAUUUGUCUCCCCUGUUUGCUUUUUUUAACUUGUUAAUAAAACUGGAAUAUAGAAAAAGUU